AGAAAAGCACAUUUCCUCCCCAGUUCUUGAGGCGUUAGCAAUGAACUUAGGCGUCGUUGGUGGCCCUCAAGGCCCCAAGGCGCUGCUCGACGCCGUCCGCGAGGCUGUGCGCGACAGCAACCUUGACGCGCUGAACCGCCUUGCAAAAGAUUUUCUCUCUAUCAACGACAACGUCACAAAGUGCCGCGACGAGAACGGCAACACCAUCGUGCACCUCUCCCUCGACAAGAACCCCACCACGCUCGAGUACGUCAUCCUGGCACUGCACGCGGACGUCAACGCCACCAAUGCGCAGGGCCGCACCGCGCUACACGAGGCCGUCACGCACAACUACGUGGAGUGCUGCGAUUUGUUGCUGGAGCACGCCGCGGACGACACCAUUCAGUCCACCACGCAGUCGACGCCGUUCCACACCGCUGCCGCGUGCGGCAGCGUGGAAUGCAUGGAGGUCAUUCUGCAGCACAGCGACGCCCCUGCAGAGAAGGUGAAUGAGCUUGACCGGCAGCGCAGCUCCGCCCUGCACAAGUGCGCGUUUGACGGCGAUGUGCGAGUGAGCCGGUGGCUGGUGGAGCACGGCGCCACCAUCGACGUCGCCGACGCCACCAACGCCACGCCGCUGCUGGUGGCGGUGAAGAUGGGGCAGAUAGCGGUGGUGGAUUACCUGCUGAGCCAGGGUGCGGAUUGCAACCGCAGAGAUCAGCAGGGCAACAGCGGAUUGCACUUCUGUGCCAUGCGGUGCGACCUGCCGGUGGCGCAGCUCCUCCUCAGCACCGGGGCGAAUCCGCGUCUGGCGAAUGCGGAGCUCAACACGCCGCUGCACGUCGCCGCCCAGUUUGCACGCCCCGACGUUCCUGCGUGGGAGCAGAUGGUGGGCCUGCUGCUCAUGGCCGGCUGCGACCCACUGCAGCUGAACGCGUCCAAGAAGAAGGCGAGCGACUACGUUGGCCGCGGACUUAAGAAGGUCUUCACAAAGGAGGCGGUAGAGCAGCGCACGCGCAAGGAGGCGAAGGCGAGAGAGGAAAGCGAGGCCGAGCUGGCCAGGGCGUGGGAGGCAUGUUCGAAGUGGAAGACGAAGGUGCUCGCCGACGUCUCCGGUCGACGCGCCUGGGAGGCCGCGGAGGACGAGCGGCUGGCAAGGGAGAAGGAGGAGCGCAUUCGGGCCGUGAACGAUGCACGCAUGGUGUACGAAGAAGCACUGGCGCGGUGCCGCUUCCAGGAGGCGGAAAUUGUGCGAAAGAAGGCGCUGCUGGAGAAGUCCACCGCGAAGGCAGGCAACUAG